AUGACUUGUAAGGUGGGUGAAGUGGGAGAACUGUCUGAAAUAUUUCAGUGGAAAGGUGAGGUCCCAAGAGGUCUACCAGAUUGGGAAGAGAAAGAGAAGCAGCAUUUAGGUGAAGAGCUAUCGGAUGUAUUGCUUUAUCUUGUCAGGCUUUCAGAUAUUUGUGGCAUUGAUCUUGGCAAUGCUGCACUAAGAAAACUGGAGCUAAAUGCCAUUAAAUACCCUGUUAGCCUUUCCAAAGGUUCAUCCAAAAAGCAUACUGUUUUGAACAAAACUACAACAACCACCUCCACCAAUGACAGUGAAAAUGAUGUGGCUGAUGAUGGUACAUAA